AUGUCAACCAGCGUUCCGGCCACUAGCCGUCUAAUUGGGCAUCUUCGAAUCAACUACAACACCCAGACGACACCACCCAAUGUCUUCCCGUUCACCUCCUCCUCGCCCUCCACGUCGACAACCAGCACUAACCGCACUCCUGAACCCACACUACCAUCCUCCUUCAUGACCUCAACAUGCACUGCAGCGGUUUCUGCACCCCCUGCCACUGCACACAAUCCUGACACACCGACAAACAUAAAUCUCACCACCGUCAGUACCAGUGAUGGGGACCUAGUCCAUACCUGUUCUCAUUACGAUCGCAUCUUCACCUCAUACAUCGGCCUGAUCGGUCACUUGCAAACCCAUCGCACAGAGACUGGCGAACCAGCGCCUGGAGCACCAACCAACACCCAACGCAUCCGCCUCGACCGCUAUCACACCACCUGCACAUUCACCCACCGCAUGGGUCUAUUAGGCCAUAUGCGCAUUCACGAAAAUCUGCGGUAG